UCUAAUUGUAUCAAGAUCAAAAAGUAGCCAAACACAAGCAUAUGUUGAUGGACUAAGCUCCACCUUUAAGAGACCACCUAGGAAGAAAGGAUAUCAAAGCAUAAGAUAUUUUUCACCCAUAUGUGUCACAAUCUUAUUGGUCAAUUUUUUGCCAUAAAGUAUUCUCCUACCAAAAAAAUUCCUAAUAUUUUGUCAUCUCCACAACCUUAGGCUAAUAUGAAAUGACACAUUAGAUAUUACUUAAUAAAAAAUAUUAACAAAAAUUUCACAUUAUUAUACACUAAUCAAUAACGCGUCGACUUGGCAUUGGCUAAUUAAACUCCCACUUAAAAACUCAUAUCACCAUAUAAAUAAGCAAAUUACUAAAUAAAGUAUCCUACACUACAUUUUUCAGCUGCUCAUCAUUUUUAUUUUCUUUCAACCCUAAAAAAAUUAAAAAAUCAAAAAAACAAAACAAAAAAAAAAUCUUCUAUCAUCUUCUUCUGUUAUCUUAUUGCAAAUUUUCUCUCUCCUCUCCUUUAAUGGUGUCGAUGAACCCUAGUUUGCCGGAAGGAUUCUACUUGGACGCUAAUGGAGUCGCUUUGCCGGGAUUGAACCCGUUCUCGGCGCCGCCACCGGAGGAAUCGCCGGCGACGGCGGCUACUGCGACGGUGUCUUCUCCGACGGACGAUUCGAGUAGUAAGAAGAUUAGGAAGCCGUAUACGAUUACGAAGUCUCGAGAGAGUUGGACUGAACCUGAGCACGAUAAAUUUCUUGAAGCUCUUCAGCUUUUUGACCGUGAUUGGAAAAAGAUUGAAGCUUUUAUUGGGUCAAAAACUGUUAUUCAGAUUCGCAGUCAUGCUCAGAAGUAUUUUCUGAAGGUUCAAAAGAGUGGCAGCAAUGAGCAUCUACCGCCUCCUAGGCCAAAACGAAAAGCUGCGCAUCCAUAUCCACAGAAAGCUCCUAAAAUAGGUCCAUCAGUUUCUCAACCAACAGGUUCUUUGCAAUCGUCUUCUCUUUUGCUUGAACCUGGGCUUCAAAGGCCAGAUUCUACUACAAUACCCCAAUAUCCUGAUAAUACUGCAGCUGUAUCUUCAUGGGUCAAUAAUUCUCAGCCUAAUGUGGCUAAAGGUGAAUUAAAACCCCCAGUGCCACCAAUUGCAAAUAACUGUUCAAGCAGUACUGAGAGCACAGCAAUGGCACACAAUACCGGUGGACCGAAUGAAGCAGUAAAGCAUGCUCCACCAUUAAGAGUUCUGCCUGACUUUGCUCAAGUAUACGGUUUUAUUGGCAGUGUCUUUGACCCAGAAGUUAGUGGUCAUAUGCAGAGGCUUAAGAAGAUGGAUCCAAUUGAUGUUGAAACGGUAUUAUUGUUGAUGAGGAAUCUCUCAAUCAAUUUGAGGAGUCCUGAUUUUGAGGAUCAUAGAAGACUGCUCUCAUCUUAUGACAUUGACUCUGACAAGGGCAUUCCUGGUGGCAUGAGAGAUGUUGUAUGUGGCAAGUGAUGAGACUAAGUAUAGUGCUGCGGUGCUGCCAUGUCCUACACAAAAAGGGGCGAACCAUGAACGACCACUUUCCCUGACCUUUUUCAGUUGAUAAUUGGAUAUAGGAUUAGCCUAGUUUUUCUUCAGUAUCCUUUUGUGUAUAUAGGAGAAAUUCGUAGAAGUAGCUGAAAUGUCGUUCUAUUGGUUGUAAAGCUCUCAGUUUGCUAUUGAUGGUUUCGUGUAUAGGAGGGAGGCUCUGUAUAUUUGAGGGUUUUUUGGGGUCUCAGACAUAAAAUUCUGUAUGUUCUGUGCAGUAAGUUAUCUUCUGCUUCUUUAGUUAAAUGUAAGUUGGCUUGUAUAUUUCAAAAGCUAAUAAGAUACCAGACAACUGAUCUCCAGUGUUGUUCGUGUUGAUUGUAUUCGAGGUUGUUGUAUCUUAUUGACUACUAAUUCAUGGCUUCAUGCCUAAUGUUAAUAAUCAUGUUUAUCAA